AUGAUGAAAAUACCACUCUUCCUCUCGCUGAUACUGUUAUGGAGGCUUUAUCAUGUCCGCAAGCCUCAAAACUUACAUGGCGAUACAGAGCACGUCGCCGUCAAAGAGGCGGUGUCCAAAAAUAAGGAUAAUCCGCGAGUUGAUGACAAGGUCUUGCCCGUCCACUUUGUAGACCAGGCUGCCAUUGUACGUUCGUCUAUUAUCAACUACACAUUCCGCUACAACGAGGUUCUCGAUGCGGCAAAGCUUCACAAAGGUCUGCUCCAGCUGGUGGAGAUGCCCGGGUGGGAGAAACUUGGAGGCCGGCUCCGAGUGACUAGCAAGGGAAAGCUCGAGAUUCACGUACCCAGAAGCUUCAGCAGAUCCCGCCCGGCAGUGAGAUUCUCCCACGUCGAUUGCGGCAACGCCAAAAUCGAUUCCCACCCUCUCGCAUCACAACUGCCCAGACCGACAGGAUCUACACCAUCUGUGCAGGAGGGAUGCCGCGCGUUCCGGUCUUUCGCUUCGCCUGCUCAUCUCCCUAAUAAUAUCAAGCAUUACUGGGAGAACGACGAGCCUCUGCUGUGUCUCCACGUAACGUCUUUCGCAGACGCAACGCUGCUUGGGUUUACCUUUCCGCACUCGCUCGCCGACGCCAUGGGUACGUCAGAGCUUCUCAAAGCAUGGGCCAAUCUUGUGUCUGGCAAGGUUCAUCUUGUGAAGCCUCUUCAGGGCACUCAGCAUGACGUGCUUGACGGUGUUGGGACAGCCCUUGACAAGGAAGCUUCGCUGGGGGAGUUUGUUCUAGAACGCCAACAGACCGGGGCCAUCUCCUUGAUAUCCUUCAUGGCUCGCUACAUGUGGGAUGUCAUGACUUGUCGAUCCAUCGAGACGCGGCACAUCUACCUCCCUGCGAGCUAUAUAAAGACUUUGCGUCAGGGCUUCGAGUUGGAACUAAAGAAGGUGAAUGAUGACGUGGUCCCGUUCGUCAGUGACGGUGACCUGAUUACAGCCUGGGGCUCUCGCAUGGUCAUCAGAUCAAGCUCAUGGAGGAACUGCAGUGCGGCAAUUUGCAACGUCUUCGACCUCCGAAGACGUCUCAAGGCCACUUUUACUCCCGGGCAGACAUAUCUGCAGAAUCUGAUCCUGCCGGCCACCGUCGUCUUAUCGAAGGAUGAGGCGUCCACCGCCACGACAGGCCAGAUCGCUCUGCGCAUGCGCCAAGCCAUUGUAGAGCAAACUAGUGAUGCCCAGGCCCGCCGACUCAUGCGUCUGGCACGACAGUGGUUCACCAAGAUGGGUAUGAUGCCACUAUUCGCAAGGUGGGAUUCGCGAAUCAUGGCCUUUACGAACUGGACAAACGCCAGAUUUCUGGAUGCAGCUGAUCUCGGUCCAACUGCUCUGGUCGACACGGGGAAUAGCAAGUCCGACAUGCACGCGAGGAAUGCUGAAGCAGAUGGGCCAGGGCCGGGAAGACCAGUGAUGUACUGGGGCACCACCUUGAGCGUCACUGACAACCCCCGCGACACCUUUGUGAUCUAUGGCAAGGACAAAGGCGGCAACCACUGGCUCCACGCUUACUUGAGGCGAGAAACGUGGGACUUGAUACAGGCGGAAUUCCAGCGAUCGGCAGCCAACACGUAGACAAUGGAUUUGUCGACCUACGCCCAGGCACAGACACAGUCAUGGAUAGUAUGCAAAUGCUACAGCUCGACAACAAGUCGGCGUGACAUCAGUUCCGCCAACGACAAGAACAGGGC